GAGAAGAGUGAGCCUGUUGCCCGCCGCCUACCAUAGCCAUCUCCCUGAUUGCUGUAGGGAGCAAAUUUCAGACCCGGUCUUCGGAAGGAAGAACUUUUUCCUCGCUAGCAAAACGAGACGCUCGGGGAGCCCGGAGGAUCCAUCGCCUCCUUCCUCGUGUUUCACUUCCCUCUGUGGAUUUAUGGAUGCUCAUCUGACAGAGAACAUGGAGCUCACACCAUUCUUCAAACUCCCAUCUUCCCAACUCAUUGGAAGUUUAGGAUCUGUUGCUCCCAUCGUACUCAUGAUCCUUCUGCUGCUUCUCUGUUUUCCCUUUAAAAAGAAAAAGCAUCACUUGUCUAUCAGAACCAGGAAGAAGGACUUAAGUAUGUCUGAACUAAUCGAACUGACAAAAUUGGAAGAUGGGUUGUCUCCAGAAAGGGAGUCUCUUUCAGAUCAAAGUUUGCACAAAGGUAACACUUUGCCUAGUCACCAAACACAGGAGCAAUCAAAUGGAUUUUCUUCAGAGCUUCAGCAAGCAAAUGCUGACUCUCCAAAAUAUACACAGGAAGUUAACUCAAGCCAACAAACGAUGGAGAAACUGAACAUGAAACAACACAGAAACUUGAGUCCACAAGCGCCAGGUUCCAACGUACCAUCCCCAAGCCCACUGCAGUUCAGGAAACUCCCAGUGACUCCCAAAGAGGCCUACCUAUCUAAAAUGUUACCAUCAACUCAGAACCUAGACAACCUAAUUUACGAAAGCAUUGGUAUUAAAGAACAGGAACUAUAUAGCAAGGAUUGGCUGGAAGAAAGGACAGGCUGUCAGAUGGUGUCUAGUGAUAAUUUGAUCUGUUCCACAACCCAUGGAGUUGGAGCAGAGCCUGUGGUACUUGGUGGGAAAGAUUCUGAAGUUGAAGGAUCCAACAACAUGCCUGUGCAGUUGUCCCCAGCUCAACAAUGCCAGGAGUCACAUGGCCAGUUGCAGGAAGUGGCACCUGAGAAAGAGGCCCCUCAGGCUCAGCUUGAAUCUGAUUCAAGAAGACUAAGUGCCAUGUAUGCUCGAGUGUGUAAGCGAACCAAGGCAUCGCAGCCAGUGCAACCUGAAAAUUGUGAUGAGUCUAAGGAACAAGAAGAGGAAGAACCUCCACCCAUUCCAGAAAAAUGUUUUGAGCACAUCUAUGAAAGCCUGAAUGCCGAUGGUGAGAUGCAGGAUGGGGGCUUGUAGGUGCAACUCUUUCUAAACUGGAAAGUGUACUAUAUGUUCUAAUCUAAAUGGGCAACUAUUCAUUAUGCAGAAAAGUCAAUUAUGUACAUUUAUAUGGUGUUCAUAAAUCUCUGAGGUAUAUAGGUGCUACUGAAGAGUUGGCUGAAAUGUUAAGCUUUAAAAAAAAAAUAGUUCAAACUGUUACAAUUUUCUAUCUUCCCCAAAAUCCUGGUGCUGGAAAGUUCUACCCUUUUCUUCCACUUCUGUAUAUUUUUCUCCUUCUGACAUCAAUUUUGACUUCCCUGGGCCUUUUUUCAUUGCCUGGCCAACUUGGAAGUGCUCUUCUAGCAAUGGGAGGGCCAAUGUGAGCCAGCA